GCGGGGGUGGGGGCGGUUAGGGUCGGGGGUUCCCUUCCGGCCAGCCUCGAUGGGUCGGAGCCGAGGGCGCCGGGCGGCCGGGGGGAAGGCCCCGGCGGCGGGGGGGCAGCGGCGGCGGCUGCGGCAGGAGGAGGAGGAGGCGGCAGGCCGGGGGGCUGCUGGGCCGCCGGGAGGGGAGGAUGGGCCGCCUCCCUUCCCCGGGGCAGCCUCGGAAGCCGGCGAGGGGGAGCGGGAGGAGGAGGAGGAGGAGGAGGGGACGCGGCCGCCGCCCUCGCCCUGCCCGGUGGCGGCCAUGUGGGACUUGGCGCAGUGCGACCGGCGGCGCUGCACGGGGCGGCGGCUGGCGCGGAAGGGGCUGGUGCGGACGCUGCGGCUCGGGCGGCGCUUCGGGGGCCUCGUCCUCACCUGGAGACAGGUUGUGGCUGAGAAUGGAGUUGCUGUAAUCGACUGUUCUUGGGCAAAGCUGGAUGAGACACCAUUUAACAAGAUGAGAGGAAACCAUCCCCGGCAGCUGCCAUACUUGGUGGCCGCAAACCCAGUGAACUACGGCCGGCCGUACAAGCUAUCCUGUGUGGAAGCUCUUGCUGCUACUUUCUGUAUAGUAGGGUUCUCAGAUAUAGCCACAACUCUCCUGAAAAAAUUUAAGUGGGGAAUGGUGUUCCUCGAUCUGAACAGAGAUCUCCUGGAGAAAUAUGCAGCCUGUAGCUGUGAAGAAGAAGUGCUGAGAGUUGAGAGAGAAUUUCUGGCCACCACCCCAGAAGAAGAUGAAAUAGACCCUUUUGAUGUUGAUUCUGGGAAAGAGGUCUGUAAUCUCAACAGGCCUGCCAGAGGAACUACUACUGAUGAAGACACAACUGAGUCAUCGAGCAGCAGCUCAGAAGAACAGGAAUGAACCAUGUAUGUCUGUAUGGGUGCAAGUGUUCAAAAAGGCUAAGACUACGAGGCCCUUUGCCCUCAGCCAGCCUCUUGCUCCCAGACAGCUGUGCUUGGGUGGGGCUGGCAGACUGCUGUCCCAGUGCAGGUGUGGGCCAGCUGGUUCUACACAGGAAGCACUGGGGCUCUGCCAGGGAACUGACUGCUGCACGGCACAGGAACAGCAGCAAAGAAAGCACAUUCGUCGCUGACCAACGUACCGGUACUGUUUGGGAACAGUCUGCUGCACUGUAGCGAACAAGCCUACAGAUCUGUCAGGGCCUACAGAUUCCGCUGUCUGAAUGAAAAAUUAAAUGUUUAUUU